GAGGCGGAGGCAGCGGCGGCAACAGCGACAGCAGAGGAAGACGAGGAGGAAGAAGGAAAGAAAGAGCAAAGCCCGGCGGAGCCCGCAACGACAACAGCUGGGACUGCGGGACCGGGGAAAAGCGGUGGCGGCGGCGGCGGCGGCGGCGGCCCAGCAACCGUGAGGAGAAACAAAAGCCUUCUAAAUUAGUUUCCAAGCAGUCUAGGGGGGGAAGGAGAGCGCGAGCCCACGGGGGAGGCCUUUCUCCUUUAGCGUAACUACGGUAGCGGGGUUUUCCUUUUUGUCCAUCCCCCCACCUUCCCCCUCCCCCCCGGCGGAGAAUCGAACUGAGAGAACUGAACAAACCGCCCCUGGGUCCCAUGAGGGAAAAAAAUCCCGGAGCCGCAGAGAGGGGAAGAGGCAGAAACCGCAGGACCUUUCAGGUCGCCCCCUUGCUCCCCGCACCCCCGGGCCGCCAGCUCGCCCUUGUCCAGUCUCGCUAAUCCCUCCUGAUCGCGACACCCCCCAGAGGGAGAAACGGGUGUUUCCAGCCCCUUUCAUGGGGGAAAGGAGGCCGAAGGGAGUCCAAGAACAGCAAACGCAGCAAGAUCUGCACCCGGAGCCCCAGGAACAGCCCCAGAGGCCCACACUGCACCCUACAAAAGAACAGAAACAGGACCAGGAACAGCAGAGAUCUCCCUGCAAUCAUCUUUCCUUUAGUCAAGGCUGAUUUCCUCGUUGGCAACCAGAAAUUCACCUCCCGCCCCAGAUAACAUAAUAUAAUCUAUCUAUAUAUAAAUAUAUAAUAUAUAAUGUUCUUAAAUUAUUCCUGAUUUUUUUAACCAAGCUGCCAAGAAAGAACGUAUUCUCCCCUUAAUCCUAUUCUAAUUUUUAUGUGAAUCUAAACUGCUGAGGAAAACCAUAUGUGAUUGUUAAAUUUUAUAUAUAUAUAUUUUUACUCCGCACAAUGCUUAUUCUUCUAUAUCCAUAGAUGCUUGAGAAGCUGUGUUUUUGUCAUUCAUGUACAUUUUCCUUUGGAAAAAGAAAGCGCCUAUUUUACUAACCAAAGACUUGAUUUUUACCCUUUUCCUUUUUUAUUCUCUCCUAGAAAUAAGCCCAAUUGGAUUCAUAUCAAUAUUUUAAGAGAUUUUUUUCAGUUGUUUUUCCUUUAAGAGAGACCAGAAUUCUAAAUCAGAGACACUUAGGGUGAUAAGCUGUGAUCUUUGAGUUAGCUAUAAAUAAGAUACUUCAAGCAAACAAACAAAUUUGAGAUACGAGGGGGAAAGACGUGAGACAUUAGGUUGUCUUUUUUAAUUGUGAGAUUGUGCUCCUAAAAAUAAUAAAUGGGGGAUUACGGGUUUGGAGUGCUAGUGCAAAGCAAUACUGGGAAUAAAUCUGCUUUUCCAGUCCGAUUCCAUCCACAUCUGCAGCCUCCACACCAUCACCAAAAUGCCACCCCCAACCCUGCUGCUUUUAUAAAUAAUAACACAGCUGCCAAUGGCAGCAGUGCCGGUUCAGCUUGGCUCUUUCCUGCUCCAGCUACCCAUAACAUUCAGGAUGAGAUCUUGGGGUCAGAGAAAGCAAAAAGUCAACAGCAGGAACAACAGGACCCUUUAGAAAAGCAACAGCUCUCCCCGAGUCCAGGCCAGGAAGCUGGAAUACUGCCUGAGACUGAAAAGGCAAAAGCUGAAGAAAAUCCAGGGGACAAUUCUUCAGAAAACAGCAAUGGAAAAGAAAAAAUACGCAUCGAAUCACCAGUGUUGACAGGGUUUGAUUAUCAAGAAGCCACGGGCCUCGGGACAUCCACCCAACCCUUGACGUCCAGUGCAUCGUCCCUUACUGGUUUCAGUAACUGGUCAGCAGCGAUAGCGCCUUCUUCCUCCACGAUAAUCAAUGAAGAUGCAAGUUUCUUUCACCAGGGAGGAGUCCCUGGCGCUUCAGCUAAUAAUGGUGCUCUCUUGUUUCAAGAUUUCCCCCAUCACGUCAGCCCUGGCUUUGGUGGUAGCUUCUCCCCUCAGAUCGGGCCUCUGUCCCAGCACCAUCCCCACCACCCCCAUUUCCAGCACCAUCACAGCCAGCAUCAGCAGCAAAGGAGGUCUCCUGCCAGUCCCCACCCCCCACCCUUCACACAUAGAAAUGCUGCUUUUAACCAGCUGCCUCAUUUGGCGAAUAAUCUUAACAAACCUCCUUCUCCAUGGAGCAGCUACCAGAGUCCCUCUCCAACCCCCUCUUCUUCCUGGAGCCCCGGAGGUGGAGGCUAUGGUGGCUGGGGAGCUUCUCAAGGCCGAGAUCACCGCCGAGGGCUGAAUGGUGGAAUAACACCCCUGAACUCCAUCUCACCUUUGAAGAAGAAUUUUGCAAGCAAUCAUAUUCAGCUCCAGAAGUACACUCGCCCUAGCUCAGCUUUCGCUCCCAAAUCCUGGAUGGAAGAUAGCUUGAACAGGGCUGACAACAUUUUUCCUUUUCCGGAUCGCCCCAGGACGUUUGACAUGCACUCGUUGGAGAGCUCACUUAUUGACAUAAUGAGAGCUGAGAACGAUUCCAUUAAAGGUCGUCUAAACUAUUCAUACCCAGGAUCCGAUAAUUCUCUGCUUAUUAAUGCAAGGACUUAUGGGCGAAGGAGAGGUCAGUCUUCAUUGUUUCCCAUGGAAGAUGGAUUCCUGGAUGAUGGCCGAGGGGAUCAACCUCUGCAUAGCGGCCUGGGUUCACCUCACUGCUUCACUCACCAGAAUGGGGAGAGAGUGGAACGGUAUUCCCGCAAAGUGUUCGUGGGUGGAUUGCCUCCUGACAUCGAUGAAGAUGAGAUCACAGCUAGUUUCCGUCGCUUUGGCCCUUUGAUUGUGGAUUGGCCUCAUAAAGCAGAGAGCAAAUCUUAUUUUCCACCAAAAGGCUAUGCAUUCCUGCUGUUUCAAGAUGAAAGUUCUGUCCAGGCUCUCAUUGAUGCAUGUAUUGAAGAAGAUGGAAAACUCUACCUGUGUGUAUCCAGUCCAACCAUCAAGGAUAAACCAGUGCAGAUUCGACCCUGGAAUCUCAGCGAUAGUGACUUUGUGAUGGACGGUUCACAGCCGCUUGACCCUCGGAAAACAAUAUUUGUUGGUGGUGUUCCUCGACCAUUACGAGCUGUGGAGCUGGCAAUGAUAAUGGACAGACUGUAUGGAGGCGUCUGCUAUGCUGGCAUCGACACUGACCCUGAGCUUAAAUACCCAAAAGGAGCUGGACGAGUCGCAUUUUCUAAUCAACAGAGUUACAUAGCUGCUAUCAGUGCCCGCUUUGUUCAGCUGCAGCAUGGAGAGAUAGAUAAACGGGUGGAGGUUAAGCCCUAUGUCCUGGAUGACCAGCUGUGCGAUGAAUGCCAAGGGGCCCGUUGCGGGGGCAAAUUUGCUCCAUUUUUCUGUGCUAAUGUUACCUGUCUGCAGUAUUACUGUGAAUAUUGCUGGGCUGCUAUUCACUCUCGUGCUGGCAGGGAGUUCCACAAGCCCCUGGUGAAGGAAGGUGGUGACCGCCCUCGGCAUAUUUCAUUCCGCUGGAACUGAAGGAUGGACAACUCCAGAGCUCAUUUGCAGGCCUCAGAAGAAGUGCCCUCUUCUGUUCACCCGACCCUCCUCCGCCUGCUGGCGCUGGCACGUCCUGUGCAGCAGUGUGUAACUAACAGUAGUAGAAUGCAAAGAACAACUACAACAUAGGAAUUCUGUAGACUCUCGUGUCACUACAAACAGUGUGUUUAAACUCCCUUCCCACUUUGCCAUCUUGUUGCAUGCGAGUUUUCAUUCUCUUGUUUUGCUGAAAGCCAAGAGGAUCCAAACUUGCUGCAGCAUUUUCUUAGAUGAGAGAAAUAUUAACAGAGAAAUGAGACAAUAUUUUGGGUUUUUAAUUGCUGGUAAUGAUAUAACAUAUAAGAAUCCUUUAUUGAGAUAAUCACCAACAGUAACACUAUUACCUAUUCUGACACAGUCUCCCCCAGGGAAGUGCUUUUGCUGUUUCCUUUCCUUUCUUUCAUUCGUUGUCUCUUUUUCUAUCCUUUUUUAUUCUUUAACAGCAAUGGAGGAAGUUAACAGUUAUUAACAGGAAAGAGUAUGUCAGAGCAAGAUUGAGCAGCAUAGCCAUGAGAGAGAGCAUUGAGGCUGAGUACAGCCUGAUCAUGCCUCAGAUACUGUACACAGCAGAAAAAACAAAGUAGACAGAGCUGAGUGUGUUUUCUUUGAAAUAAUUCCUAAAAUCCUGAAUGUAAGGAUUGGGUGACUUGACUACUGAGGGAGUACGUUUAUUUAUUUAACUGACUUCCUAAUCACAGCCCAGGAAAGCUACCAAAGCUAGAAUUAAUGGUAUCUGGUGGGAAAGCAGAAGAACAAAUGCAUAAACUUUAUUUUUGUUGUUAUAUAUAAACUCUAUACCCUAAUUUACUAACAGUCAUCAGGUGUCAGCCUUUGCUCUCCAUUUUGACAUUAAAAACAACAUAUCUAGACAUACCUCAAAGAUAACAUUUUUCACUUUGUGUUACACUACACUUGGAGCCAAAACUGGAAGAUUAAAAACAACAUGCAAAUUGGCUGCCCAUUGGCCUUGUUUUCCAUUUGAAGUUACUUUGGAACCCUGUAAUUUAGUUGUAACAUAGAAAACGUGGGGGGGAGAGGUUUAAAAAAAAAAAAAAAAGUCAAGUAGUUGCAAAGUGUUUUGCACUGUUGAACUAAGUAAUUGUGUAAAUCUGUGCAAAAGUCUGUAUGUUUAUCUUACUCUUCCUAUAAGGUACAAUAACAUACACUUUCCGAACUUAGCAUGGGACAUAGUGUUUGAAGUGCCAACUUCAUCAAGUAAUGCAUGUUUAUUAUAAAUACAGCCCUAGCUUUGGAAGAUGUUCUUAUGUUUUGAACAGCAUGCUUCGGGGGUAAAUUUAAAAUGGUCUCUUGAAGCCCUGGUCAUGGAAGUAACUUUUGAUUUAAUUGACAUUCUCUUAUUAAAUGCCCUACCGUAGUUCAAAGGAUUACCACCAGUGUGCAAAGCAUUUAACAGCAACAGUCUAAGUGCAGUCUUGCUAGCUGUGCUGCCUAACAGUACCAUCUUGGAUCCUUCAGAACCAAAGACUUGCCCGCAGUGCUGUCGCCGCCUUGCUGGUGACCCCUCUGCUGUCUGUAGGAAAAGCAGCCCUUUAUUUUUAACACAGGCUUUAAUGAACUACACCUGUUAAGUUCCAAAGGUCAAAAUGGAGGCCUUUGCUGUCUAAGAGUCCAACAGAAAGAGGGAGCCACUGUCAGAGAGUCCCCUGCUAACAGACAGCAAAGCAGCAGCGUGCAAAUGGAGGGUGCGCUCAUGUAGCUGGUCAGGGACAUUUUUUCUUUUCUCCUGAACUACAUGAUUCUAAUUGGAAUGUUCGUUGCCUCUUUUUCUUCCUUUACUGCUUGUGGGUGGCUUGGGUGUGCUGUUGUGCUGGUCCUACUCAGUAAACAGGUGUGAUGAGUUAACAAGAAGUAACACUGCUUGAGAACUAGCUUUGAAUAAUCAUUUUCCCUUUGUACAUGACCUGCUGAAUUUCGGUACAGUGUUUUGUAGCUAACUUAUUUUGUCAUGCACAUGAUGUAUAUUUGUUAUGCACUACUUUUGUAUAUCUUGUUUUUCCAACAGUGAACAUUUUUAGGCACACUUUUCACUGACGGGAUAUCUCUUUAUGCAAUACCUCAAUUUUUCAUAUUGCAAAGAGUAGCUUUUUGUACUUUUAUUACUGAGAGAUCUUCAUAUACUUCAUUUUUUAAUAUAAAUAAUUUUAAUAAAUUUUAUUUUCUUAUAUUCUGCUUUUUAUACAUUUCAGUGCUCUGCAUACAUUUUAAAUUAUGAGUGUUGUGCACUGGCAAUGCUAUUUUAGAGUCUGCAGAGAAGAGAAAGCAUGUUGCUUAAACAUCCUUCCCCAGCACCAGCUAUUGGUGUACCUAUAAUUUAAGAAAUAGUCUAUGUAAAGUCACAAAUUAAUGAAAAAAAUUCGCAUGAAAAUGACAAGAUAACACUGUAGUUCCUAAAAAAAAAAAAAAAACUAAAUGCAUAA